UGCUCCUCUCCUCACUUUCAAGGCGGAAACCUAUCACGGCCUUAUUCCGGAAGUAUAGCACAUCAGCCAAAAUGUCGUUGAAAGCACUCUCCUCUAAAGAUGCCGCCGCGCUAGACAAGGAUCUCAUGGAGACCGGCGGGUUCUCUCUCGACCAACUCAUGGAACUAGCCGGUCUAUCAGUGUCUCAAGCUGUGUACCGCAUUCACCCCCCAAGCAAAGGGAAGAACAUUCUCGUCAUCUGUGGCCCCGGAAAUAAUGGCGGCGAUGGCCUCGUAGCGGCUCGUCAUCUCCACCACUACGGCUACACCCCCUCAAUCUACUACCCCAAGCAAGGUAAAAACGAGCUUUACCAGCGCCUUACAACUCAACUCAAGAACCUUUCCAUCCCGUUUAUCACCGACCUUCCGGAAGCCAUCAAGUCCUCGCACCUACUUGUCGACGCCAUCUUUGGCUUCUCCUUCGGCGGGCCCCUCCGCGACCCAUUCCCGGAAAUCAUCGGUCAGAUUGAGUCAGCCACUAUUCCCGUGCUGAGUGUCGACGCGCCCAGCUCGUGGGAUAUUGAGAGCGGACCGCCCAAGGAGGGGCCUGGAGCGAAAUUCAUGCCUGAAGCGCUGAUCAGCUUGACGGCGCCGAAGCCGUGCGUUAAAUUCUAUCGUGGUCGGCAUUUUGUUGGGGGCCGGUUCUUGACGCGGGGGAUUGCGGAGAAGUAUGGGUUGGAUGUGCCAGAUUAUCAAGGGGUGGAUCAGGUGUUGGAGGUGGGGGUUGAUGCUGAGGGAAGGUUGUAAAUCUACCCUGAUUGGCGCUGAGAUUGGUAAGGGUAUUUAGCUAGUGCUGGGAAGGAUACGCCUGUUGAUAGGGAAAGGACCCUGAGAGCAUUGAUUAUGCUAUAAUACUAGUGGGGAGGAAAUGAAGAAGUCAUGUAUGUACUCUGGUGAAUGACAGCUAGUCAGUCGAUGUUGAU